AUGAGUGUUGAAAGUGAAACUGGAUCUGAUGUCGUUGAGCAGAAAUUAAACUCCCUUUCCCCAAGCAUGCAAAAUGAUCUGUCUACUGACGGUGAUGCAAGUACAACAUUGAACAAUUCGUUAUCAAAUGACACUCCUACGUCUUCUUCGCCUCAAGUCAUUGGAGGGGAGCCCAAAGCGAAAAAGAGGCGCAAACAAAGUAAUCCAUUGAAAAUACAGAAUGCUACCUCUCCAAAGUUUGAGUUGCCAUCUUAUGAGUUGGAGCAGGCAGAGAGGGAAGAAAGUCCUGUUCAUUUUUCUUACGAUGAGGGGAUUUCAAAUCAAAGUCACACUUCGGAAAAGAAUAAAUUUUCUGACCAUGCUUCUCAGAAGGGAUCUAUAUCUCGAGUCACUAAUGCCUUAUAUAAUAGCAAAAUCAAGGAAGCUGCUAAGGUGAAUAAACUUGCUAUUAAAAGCAAAGAAUCUUCAUUGCAAUCCCCUACCGAUGUUAGUUCUCCUGAAUCGACUGAGGAUGUUAUUUCGAAUCACGAGUACAAGAAUUCUAUGCAAAGUGCGUAUUCACAAUUGCCUCCGUUACUUACUAUGAAUACAGUAGAUGUAACAAAUGAUGCUUCUAAACUUUCCAGCAUUUAUAACUUUUCCGAGUUUUCUUCCCCAGUUCAACAAGCAAACAUUAAUCUUCCUGUUUCCCAACGUAGUUUUAUUACGUCCAAUGGUGUCAGAGUCUUCAAUCCGGAGGCAUAUUGUGAACUUUGUGAAAAAGAAUUUUGUAAUAAGUAUUUCUUAAAAACCCACAAAGCAAAUAAGCAUGGUAUUUGUUCUUCAGAGAACAAUUCGAGUGGUUAUAGCUAUAAACUUUCAUAUAAGAACAUGCAUAUGAAUCCUCAAGUUACUCAACAGAUGAUAAGUCAGAUGUGUGAAAAUGGUGCAACAUUUGGUUCUGCAGAUUCAUAUUGUAAUAUAUGCCAGAAAUACUUUUGUAAUAAAUAUUUCUUGAAAAAACAUAAGCAAAAUAUUCAUGGCAUUCAUGAAAAUCAAGAAUCAUCUCCUAAUAUCCCUAGCAGUAUACAUGUGCCUGUAAUAUCACCUUUACCUUUGAUCAGAUCUAUGAGUUAUGAAUCUUCUAAGUCUCUUGAUAAUUUAGGACUUAGCACCAAAGAUGAAGACUCCAAAAUAAAUGUCAGUUUAGAAAAUAUUAAAAACUCCAUAAACUGUAACGUUUCUCUCCUAAAUGGUUCUAGUCCACAUAACGUCACUCAAAAUAAAACAUUAUUGAAUGUAAAUCAGAAGGAAAAGAAAGGGGAAAAGUACUUGUGUGAAUUGUGUAACAUUGAGUUUUGUGACAAAUUCUACCUCGACUCUCACAGACAAAACAAACACGGGUCUGCCAAAUCGUCAGCAGCUGAUUUUCCUGAACUCUCAGAAGGCUCAGAGAAGCCUAAUUGCACAGACGAGGUUGAUGAAUCGAAGCCUUUUGUGAAAGGUCAUAUGUGCGCUCCAUGUGUGAAAACUUUCUCUAGUGACGAAGCCUUUCGAACCCAUAUGCUGGAAACUCACCGUGCUUCCGUAAAAGAAGAAGAUGAUACUUCCAGAGCGCUUGACGUGUACAAAAGGAAUGGGCCUUGUAACUAUGAGAAAGAUACGUCUGCUGUUGACAAAUCCAUGCAGGAAAACAGCAACAGUUCCACUGAGUCUGGAUCAUUUAAUUGUGGUUUGUGUUUCUGGAAAUGCAAAGACAAAAGUAAUUUUUUAGCUCAUAUGGAAUCAGAACAUUAUAUAUUUGCUCCCGCUGGCUCCGAUCUGACAAAUGCUUCUUCAGAAUCUGUCCUAUCAUGUGAUUCUUGCCAUGAACAGUUUCCUGACCAUCUUACUUUAAUGUCACACAAAUACAAAGUUCAUGGAAUCAUAUCUUCUGGUUUGGAAGCUUUGGUGGAAAAUUUUGAAAAUGGCGAUUAUAUGUUCAAUUCUGGUGGUCGAUCGAAAAGUGGGAGUAGCUUCUGUCAGAUUUGCAAUAAGGAAUUGUGUAAUAAGUAUUUCAUGAAAACUCACAUGCUGAAAAUGCACGGCAUUGAUGUCGAUAAAAUUCAGCAGGAGCGUUUGGCAACAUCUACCGCUGGUGUGUAUUGCGACAUUUGCGAGAAAUUUUUGUGCAGUAAAUAUUUUCUUAAAGUUCACAAGCAAAAUGUUCAUGGAAUUUCUGAUGACGUGUCAAAAAUUUCCAUGGUCGGUAGUCCUUCCUAUAGUUCAAAUGUGAAUGAAAAGAAGGUAGAAAAACUCACUGGAAAUGGUUCUCAAACUCCAAAUAAUGUGUCUCCGGAUGAACUUGCGAAUAAAGAAGAUAAGCAAAAUAGUGUUUUCGCUUGCGAUAUUUGUGGGCAAGAGUUUUUGAGUAAACUCAUGCUACAAGUACAUUUAGUUGAAAAACAUGUUAAAUGUUAUGAAACAAAAGCAUUUUCUGGCAUUGAUGUAAAUUCUUUUUCUCAUCUAACCGAAGAUUCGAAAGAAAGUGGAGUUUUACCAUGUUCUUGUUGUUCUUACGUAAAUUUAGAUGAAAACCUUAAAUUGUCUCAAGUUAGUUCACAUAUUAGAAUGAUAUCAUGUAUAGUUUGCAGUAUGACGUACCACCAAAAUGAUUAUUACACUCAUCAUUUAAGUCAUGGAACUUCACUUCCUCCUGGUAAGAAGCUUCCUAACAUUGAAAAUGGCGUGCAUGAUGCAAGUGCAAGUUUUAGUCACUCAGGGAGUGAUGUAUUUGAUCCUGAUAAUAGAAAUGAACUACAUCCCCGAAAAUACAAGCGUUUUCGGUGUAGCAAAUGUGACAAAACUUUUAGAACCAAAGUUAAAUGUCUCAAUCAUAUUCAAGUUAUGCAUAAAAGCAAAAAAGGCCUUUCAAACCACUGUGACGUGCAAAACUCAUCCAAGAAAACUUCAAAUGCUAUUGUUUCUCGAAAAAGUGCAGAAUUUAAGACUACGGUAUCUGGUGGCACAGAGAAUGGUUCUUUAGUGUGUGACAAGGAAUCGGAUGAAAAGACAACCACGCAAGGUUCAAGUUUUAACGAUUCUGUGAAAUUGCCUGUGCCAUAUAUUUUGCCUAGUAAUUCUGAUGUGAUCAUGCAGCCUUUUCAUCUUUCAGAACCGAAAUCAGAAGGAGUUACAAAGCAAGAUAUUUUUGUCCCAUCGCUUGUUUAUCUUCCUGUUAGUCAAAAAGUAUCUGAGCCAGUUACAGUUGCUUUCACCUUAACUCCUGCUUAG